UGAACACAUUGUGAAAAAUUCAGCAAGUUUCUCUCCUAUUUUUCUCUCUUUCUGUUUGUCUUAUAUUUAUAUCAAUAAUCAUAAGUAAUAAUGGCUAAUAAUAAGGUGGUUCUGUUAGAUUUAUGGGCUAGCAUGUUUGGGAUGAGGGUGAGAAUAGCAUUGGCUGAAAAGGGCAUUGAAUAUGAAUACAAGGAAGAGGACUUGUGGAACAAGAGCUCACUGCUCCUUGAGAUGAACCCGGUUCAUAAGAAAAUCCCGGUUUUGAUUCACAAUGGAAAAUCGGUUUGUGAGUCCCUCAUUGCUGUCGAGUACAUUGAUGAGGUCUGGAAUGAGAAAGCUCCAUUGUUGCCCUCUGAUCCUUACCAAAAAGCUCAAGCUAGGUUCUGGGCUGACUAUGUUGACAAGAAGAUUUAUGAUAUUGGGAGGAAGAUACUAUAUUCAAAUGUAGAAGAAGAGAAAGAGGAAGGCAAAAAGGGAUUCAUAGAAUGUCUCAAGGUAUUAGAGGGAGAGCUUGGUGAUAAGCCAUAUUUUGGAGGUGAAGCCUUUGGCUUUGUAGACAUUGCUCUUGUCACCUUUUACAGCUGGUUUUACACCUAUGAGACACUUGGCAACUUCAGUCUAGAGCUAGAGUGCCCCAAGCUAAUUUCAUGGGCCAAGAGGUGCAUUGAGAAAAAUGAAAGUGUUUCCAAGUCUCUUCCUCACCAACACAAGGUAUAUGACUUUGUUUUGGAUUUGAACAAGAAGCUAAAAGCAAGAAAAUGAGCUUGUUAAUACUAUCAUAUUGGUUAAAUAAAAUAAGUUGGAUCUAGAAUCCCCAAUUUGUUUCGAGGCACUUUUCUAUCACAAUGGAUCUCUCUGGUCUAAUCUCGUAUGGUGGAAAGGGUCUCAGAAUAGGGUACUGCGAGAUCUGAAUAGAGAAUUCCCUACUUACUUACGAUUAUGCUUUGUGCGUAAUUUUAAUUUUUCUUUUUCUUUUUAUUUCUCUUGUCUAUGGUUGUUUGUGUUUGUUGUCUCUUUAAUUGUAAUAAAGAAACACUUCAUUGUGUUUGUGACAUGUUAGGGAUUUAAGGAAAAAAAAAAGGAAUGGGGGGCCUGUAUGUUGGAAAUGCUAUUGUCUUGUUUUUGUCCUAAUGAAUUUUCCAAGUGCACAA